AUGGCAUCAAUGAAUAAUACUCAAACUUUAUUUUCUUCAUCGAAUCAUUGUAUAAAACAGGAAUUUAUCCAGCAAGUAAAUAAACAAUCACAAAAGAUAGCCAUAGAACUUGAUGAACAGUCUCUUACUUAUAAUGAAUUAUUAUAUUAUGUACAGUGUUUAUCUCUUCAAUUUCUAACAAAUUCAAAUUAUAUUCCUGGUAAUGUUGUUUGUCAAUGUAUAGAUGGUAGUAUAUCAAUGUUUAUUGGUAUGCUGUCUAUUAUUAUGGCUGGUGGUUCCUAUUGUCUAUUAUCACCUCGGGAUCAUGAACAUCGUCUUCAAUCUCUUAUCGUGCAAACUCAAAGUUCAAAUGAUGCAUUAUAA